AUGAAGAGGAAGAGAGACAUGGAUGGUGAAGCCAGCGACAGCGACCUUAACCAAGAUGUGAGAGAUGAUUUGUACACUGAAGUGUGGCAUGCAUGCUCCGGGCCAUCCGUUUAUGUUCCUCGCGCUGGGGAGAAGGUUUUCUAUUUCCCUCAAGGUCACUUAGAGCAGGUUGCUGUAUUUACUCAGCAUCUGCAAGAUGACCAUAUGGAAACUCCUGUUUAUGAUUUACCUUCUAAGAUCUUAUGCAGGGUUGGGUCUGUUAAGUUAAAGGCUGAAGCUCACACAGAUGAGGUGUUUGCUCAAGUCACUUUAGUUCCCGAACCACAGCAAGAUGAUCUUAGAUUGGAGCAAGAAGACACUUAUCAGAUACCUUACAGAACUAUAACAUACACCUUUAGUAAGAUACUAACUCCAUCAGACACAAGUACACAUGGUGGAUUCUCUAUUCCGAGGCGACAUGCUGAUGGAUGCUUCCCUCCUCUGGAUAUGACUCAUCAACCACCAACACAAGAGCUGGUUGCGAAAGACAUGCAUGGGUUUGAGUGGCGUUUUCGACAUAUAUAUCGUGGUCAGCCGAAACGACACUUGCUUACUAGUGGCUGGAGCAAAUUCGUGAAUGCAAAAAAGCUUGUUGCUGGAGAUGCAUGCAUUUUCGUUAGUGGGGAAAAUGGAGAACUUUUUAUUGGGAUUCGUAGAGCAAUUAAACAAUACAACAGUGCAUCCACAUAUCCAUCUCUGAUAUCGGGUCAAUGCAUGAAACUUGGAAUAUUGACUAGUGCUUCCCAUGCUAUUGCCAGAGGAUCCAUGUUCAGUGUCUAUUACCGCCCUUGGACCAAUCCCUUUGAAUUUAUUAUUCCUCUGAAAAGCUACAUGAAGUCAACUGAAACGGACUAUUCAAUUGGAAUGAGAGUUCAAAUGCGGUUUAAAGUUGAAGAAUCUCCAAGAAGAUAUGCAGGUACAAUAAUUGGUGUUGAAGAUAUCGAUAGUAUCAGGUGGCCUGGUUCAGAAUGGAGACGUCUCAAGGUGCAAUGGGAUGUCAUACUAGAUAGGUAUAUGCAUCCUGAAAGGGUUUGUCCUUGGUGGAUUGAACCAUUGAAAUCUGCCAAGAAGAAGUACAUUCCUAUUUCCCCCCUAUCAAAAAAGGCAUGUGUAUUUAACCCGUCAUUGCCUGGAUUAAGUGGCUUGCCCAAGGAUGACGAAGUUCAAAAUUCAGCCAAUCCUGCAUCUCAGAAAAUGGAUUGGGACUUACAAAGUCAAGAUUACAAUACAAAUCAGCUACCUUUUCUUAUGCUAGACCCUCUUCACCAAUCUCUUGGCUACCCAUUGUCAUCUCCACAUGAAGACUUAUCAACUUCGAGUUCAAAUGUGAACUCCACUGGUUCUGAAUCCCAGGGAUGGCCUUCUUCUCAUUCUAAAGAUGAAAAUGAUGUUCCUUUUGGCCAACCUGGCAGUUGUAGUAGAUACAAGCUUUUUGGGGUUAGCUUAACUGAUAACCAACCAAAGCUCCCUUCACAACAAUUUUCUGUUCUUAGCGAGAUUUCAAGUCUCCUUUCCAAUCCUCCAUUAUGUAUUACCUCUGGGAAAACAUGCAAGAAGUGUCGCUCUGUUAAUAGGAGUUGCACAAAGGUGCUUAAGCUGGGAAGUGCUCUUGGAAGAGCGAUUAACCUCUCUCAUUUUCCUGGAUAUAAUGAACUCAUUUCUGAACUUGACUGCAUGUUUGAUUUUGGAGGAAGCUUAAUCAAUGGAAGCAGUGGAUGGCAUGUGACCCACAUAGAUGCUGAUGGAGAUAUAACGCUGUUAGGGGAUUAUCCAUGGCAGGAUUUCCAGUUCAUGGUGCAAAAGAUGAUCAUAUGUCCAAAGGAUGGUAUUAACAACCUCGAUCCAAGCUCCUCAGCAGAUCCUACAAGCCUUUAG